AUGCAUGUCAUCAUCUCUCCCCCUCCCCCUCUCCUCCCCCUUCCCCUCAUGUUGGAUAACCAAGAGGAUAAAAAGAAAACUGCCUGGUACCCACAUCAAGAUCAAAGCAUGAUCAAGACAUUGUUGAAUGUCGCUGGAGAAGCAAAGCAAGCAAAUGGAGGUUGGAAGAGUGUUGAAGAUAUGUGUGCCUACGUAAAAUGGCUUCACUCAAAGAGUGGCUUUGGCUGGGACGAUGAGAAAAAUAUGAUCACUGCUUCUGAGCAGAGCUGGAAGGAGCUGAAAACAGUCAAGAUCAAAGAAGAAUUUUUCUUUAUAGUGCAACAUUAUGACUCUCCACAGAGGCAUGAACAUGCCAUCAAGCUACUCAAAGAAGAUGGCGAACUUGUGGUGAACUCAGCUGAUACUCGGGAUGAUGUUGUUAUGUGCUUUGAGCAAAACAGCCGCUCAAUAGCCUCCUUCCUUGUCCUCCCCUCCAAAGAACGACAUGUUCAGUAUGCUCACAAGCUCACAACUCACACUUUCUGA